AUGAAUUCAAUGUUAGUAAGACGAUUUAUGGCCACGAGUGUUAAGCCAGCAGUUAGCAAAACUGGAUCGACAACUUUAUCCGAUAUUCUAAUUGUGGGUGCAGGACCUGCGGGAUUGACAUUGGCCUCGGCCAUCAAAAAUUCACCUGUGCUUCAAGAUUUAAAGUGCAUGCUUGUGGAGAGUAGCCGUAUCACAGAAGAUAUGAAUGAUUAUUAUGCAAGUCCUCCUAAAUACUAUUCCAAUAGAUGUGUGAGCAUAACGCCAGCUACCAUAGACUAUCUAAAAAAAAUUGGCACUUGGAACUUUAUCAAAGAAGAAAGAAUACAGAAUUACGAUUACAUAAAAACAUAUGAUGGUUUAAGUGGGGCCGCAAUGGACUUUGAUGCACCGAGUAUGGGAACGCUGAUAGAAAAUUACAAUCUGCAAGCCGCCGCUUAUGAAAGAGUCCUCCAACUAAACGAAGAGCAGCCAGAAAAUAAACUUGUCAUAAAGGAUGGUAACAAGGUUACUCAUAUAGCGACGGAUAGUGAGACUGGUUGCCCAGUUGUAAAGUUGGCCAGUGAAGAGAAGAUCCGGACUCGACUUUUAAUUGGAUGUGAUGGAGGACGAUCUCCCGUCCGAAAGUUUGCUCAGAUACCUUCACGAGGCUGGGCUUAUAACCGAUGGGGGAUUGUUGGAACUUUGAAGUAUAAAGAUACUGGUUUUAGAUCACCUACCGGCUGGCAAAGGUUUUUACCAACAGGUCCUUUAGCACAGCUUCCUAUGCCUGAUGAUUAUUUAAGUAUUGUGUGGUCCGUUCCACCUGAACUUGCAAUGAUUGUAUCUGGCCUUACGGACGAUCAGUUUGUAUUAAUGUUGAAUGCAGCUUCUCGUUUAACUCAGGAUGAGCUUGAAGUGUUAUAUAAACUUGCACGAGAUAAACCAGAACAGUUUGAAAAAGAAGCCAAAUGGAGAUUGGACAUGUUCAAUGCAAAAUUGACGACAGAAUCUGAGCAGCAAUAUCCUCAAGAAAUUGAAUCGAUCGUUCCAAAAUCACGUGGUCGUUUUCCCUUGAAACUUAGUCAUGCAGACGAUUACGUUGAUGAAAGAAUUGCGUUAGUUGGCGAUGCUGCUCAUACCACUCAUCCAUUAGCAGGUCAAGGCCUAAACAUGGGACAAGCAGAUAUUCAAUGCCUUGUCAAAACACUAGAAACUGCAAGAGAACGUGGCCUUGACUAUGGUACCAAGUUUGCGCUCGACCCUUACUUUAGUAGUAGAUAUCCGGUCAAUAAUGCCACGCUUGGUGUUGUCGACAAAAUUCACAAGAUUUAUGGAACUGAUUUUGCACCCAUUGUAUGUGCCAGAUCCUUGGGAGUUAACAUAUUAAACAAUCUUCCCUUUAUUAAAGAUUUGAUGGUCGGGCAAGUGAGUCAUAGGGAACUUGAGAAGAGAUAA